AUGGCAGGGACUAACGGCAGCAUCUCGUCCUCGUCCUCGCAUACUCUCACCCAUGCUCCCGGCAUGAGCUUCCUCUCUGCCUUCGCCGACCCUACCAAGGCCUCCGGUGCCGCCGACAUGCUGGCCCUCUUCGAAGCCAUCAAGUCGGGCAACCGCCAUGGCUUCCUGCAGCCCACCGCCUCUGUCUCCAACGCCUCUCUCCAGCUUGCCAAGUCGACUCUUGACGCAUAUGCUGGCCAACUAAGCGAUGAGCAGCAGCAGCGACAGAAGGAGGCCAAUAAGAAGCGGAAAAGGGCAGACGGCCCGGCUGAGAAGGCCGACGUUCUGAAGAUCAGGAAACUACAUGUGGACGGUUUCGAGAGCGGCCAGGUCUGGCAGCAGGCGAGGCGCAUCAUCGCCAGUGCCCUCCAGGAUUCACAGGACGCACUGGACGACCUGGAAGAGAGCAAGCAAGUCGAGUUCAAUGGCAUUGACGGGGACGAAGACGACCUCGAGUCUGAUGAGGAAGGGCUUGGGUCCGUGCCCGAAGGAGACGAAGACGACGAGGAUGAUGAAGAUCAAGAUCUGUCAGCCGAGGACAUGAGCGGUCUCAUUGACGACGAGGCCGAGGAAGACGACCUCUCGUCAAUGGAAGAUGACGGCGAAGAAGACAUCGAGGAAGAGGAUGACGACGACGACGCCGAGGCAGGUCUCGAGGGAGACGCCAGCAUGUUCGACGAGGAGGAUGGGGAAGGCGACAGUGACGAGGCGUCGGAAGAGUUUGUGGAGGACCCGAACGGCCUCAAUGAUGGCUUCUUUGACAUUGAUGCCUUCAACAAGCAAAGCCAGUAUUUCGAGAACCAAGAUGCCAAGGCCGACCCCAACACGGAUGUCGCAAGCGAUGAUGACGAGAUCAACUGGCACACAAACCCCAUGGAGGCCGGUGCUGCGGUCAAUGGCAAGCGAUCUAAAGACAUGGAUGACGAGGACGAGGAAGAGCUGGCUGGCGAGGAGGAGGACGAUGAUGAGGAAGAAGGAGGCCCCACAUUCGGCGAUAUGGACCUUGAUGCCCCUGAAGGCGAUAGCGACAUGGACGAAGACGGGGAUGAGGAUGACGCAGAUGGAGGCAUGGACCUCAAUGCCAACGACCUCUUCUACAAGGACUUCUUCGCGCCACCUCCGAAGAAGGGCUCAAAGAACGGCAAGCCACGGAAACCAAGGCAGCCCCGCGCUACGCAGCCCGAUGAUAAGGACAUAGACCGUGCGAUGGAGGAUGUGCGCAGGGAUUUGUUCGAAGACGAGUCUGAGCACGAAGAUUCCGACGACGCUCUGUCUGACGUGUCCGCCGGUGACCCCAAGUCUCGAAGAUCUGCUCACGAGAGAAGGCAGGCCAAGCUGGCCGAGGAGAUCCGCAAACUAGAAGCCGAAAACGUGGCCCAAAAGAAGUGGACCUUGACCGGUGAGGCCGCAGCAUCUGAGCGACCCAAGCAUUCGCUGCUCGAAGAGCAUCUCGACUUUGAGCAUGUCGGCAAGCCUGUCCCGGUAAUCACCGCCGAGGUGAGCGAGAGCAUCGAGGACAUGAUCAAGCGUCGCAUCCUAGCACAAGAGUUCGACGAGGUUGUAAGACGGCGACCUGAUACCGAUGGCCCCGCCGAAACACGGAGAGGUCUGAUCGAGCUGGAUGACACCAAGAACAAGCAGAGUCUUGCCGAGCUCUACGAGGAGGAACACGUCAAGAACACCAACCCCGACGCCUAUGUCAGCAAGGCGGAUGAGAAGCUUCGCAAAGAGGAGAAGGAGAUUGAGCAGAUGUGGAAAGAGCUCAGUGCCAGCCUUGAUGCACUCAGCAGCUGGCACUACAAGCCGAAGCCUGCAGCUCCCAAUCUCACAGUGGUCGCAGAUGUUGCAACUGUCAGCAUGGAAGAUGCGCAACCUGCUACCGCGCAGGGCGUCAGCGGUGGUGACAACACAUUGGCGCCCCAAGAGGUUUACAAGGCCGGGAAGGACACGGCAGACAAGGGCGAGGUGGUCGGCAAGAGUGGUCUGCCGGUCGCUAGACAAGAGCUCAGCCGAGAAGACAAGACGAGGAGACGCAGGAGGAACAAGGAGAGAAUACGCAAGGCUGGCGGGCUCGGUGACAAGAAGCUGUCUGGCAAGGCCCAGGCACAGAAGCAGACCAUCAGUGACCUCAAGAAGGCCGGUGUUAAGGUCAUCAACAAGAAGGGAGAGGUUGUGGAUGCCGAGGGUAACAAGGCCAAAGCGGCCAAAGCCCUCUCAAGCGGCAACUUUAAGUUAUAG